AUGGUUUCUCACCUGGGAUCGGUGUGUAGCCUGAACUGUUUGGCUGAAAGUCUGGACAGCAUCAGCAUGCCGAGCCUCCUCAACCUCAGCAGCCUGGGCCGGAUCUGCGGCUCCAGCCACAACGACAUGGUCGUCCUGGACCGGGUCAAGAGGAAGAACUCCGUCCGGCGCAUGUCGAUAAUCGAGGACGGGGAAAUUGCCGAGGUGCUCUACCUCAUCCCCAAACAGUCCAUGAUGGAGCAGCUGCCCUUCAUCAACCCCAACGACUACAUCCUGUGUGAGAAGCUGGCCGGUAUCCCUGCAGAGGUGUCAAUGCUGCACACUCCGGAUGGCUGCCACCCAAGUUCUCCAGCGGGGAAGCGGGAGAUCCAGUGCUUCAGGUGUGGGCAACCGUGCAAAGGGGAGGUGCUGCGGGUCCAGAAUACUCACUUACACAUAAAGUGCUUCACCUGCAAGGUGUGUGGCUGUGACUUGGCCCAGAGCGGCUUCUUCAUGAAGAGCGGCGAAUUCCUCUGUCCGCUGGACUUCCAGAGGCUCCACGGCACGCUCUGCAGCAACUGUGGGGAGUUCGUGGAGGGGGAGGUGGUUACUGUCUUGGGGAAGACUUAUCACCCAGCCUGCUUUGUGUGCACCAUUUGCAAGCAGCCCUUUCCCGCUGGGGACUGUGUCACCUUCAGUGGAAAAGACUGCCUCUGUCAGCGCUGCAUUCAACCUGUGUCUCCUGCUCCGACCGACGUGAAGUACUCUAGCAACUGCACCGGCUGCGGCAGAGACAUCAAGAACGGCCAGGCUCUGUUAGCUCUGGGCGGCCAGUGGCACCUCGGCUGCUUUAAGUGCAAAUCCUGCAGGAAAGUGCUGAGCGGAGAAUACAUCAGCAAAGAUGGGAUGCCUUACUGUGAGAGGGACUACCAGAUUAAGUUUGGGAUACAAUGUGAGGCAUGUCAUAAGUUUAUAACAGGAAAAGUUCUGGAGGCAGGAGACAAACACUAUCACCCGAGUUGUGCGAGAUGCAGCCGAUGUGACAAGAUGUUCACAGAGGGAGAAGAGAUGUUUCUGCAAGGGUCGACAGUGUGGCACCCGGACUGCAGAGACAACAGCAGGACGGAGGACAGUUACAGGCACACUAGAUCCUCCUCUGAAAGCUCGUGCUCCAGGCCGGGCUCGUGCACCCCGGGGAGUCCUGGUCGAACGAUCUGCGCAAAAGUAGAUAAUGAGAUCAUUGACUACCGAGACUUAGCGGCAAUUCCCAGAGUCAAGGCUAUACAUGAUAUAGAGUAUCCUGAUAUGAUAUCCUAUAAGUCUGUGAACAACAACCCACCUGCUGUGGACAACAAAGUCAGCAGACAGGACAGGUCAAACCCUACAGAGUCAACAGGAAAUGUAUCUGAAACCACAGAGGAGGGCUUUGAAAUGAGGAGGAACAUUCCGAAAUCCACAAGCCACGGAUCUUUUGGAGUUUACACCACGUACCAACGACACAGCUACACUCCAGGUCUGUCCAGAUCGCCACAGCACUUCCACAGGCCAGCAUUGAUGGUUUCUCCCUCUUUAUUCUCUGGCAACAAUGAAACCUGCUCCCCUUCCCCUUUAUGUCCCCACUUUCUCCCUCAAACCAAAGAUGAAGGCUUUCACAUGUACAGGAGGCCUCCAAUUUACAAACAGCAAGAUCCAAAUUCACCCACUUCCCAAGCUUUAUCUUUGCCCGGAUACGGUCGCAGCGGCCUCCAUCCGCCUCGGUCAGCGGAUUUCUCCCACUACAGUGAUGACAGAUUCAGAGAUUUCAAGCUCAUCUAUGACAGUCCACAUCCAUUAGCCAGACUGGACAGAGGAAUGUCCAUGCCUAAUUUGUUGGAACCAAAAGUCUACCCAUAUGAAAUGCUUGCAGUGACCAACAGAAGACGAGUGAAGCUGCCGAGGGACGUCGACAGAACGAGACUGGAGUGCCACCUUUCCCCGGGUUCUUUCUAUGAUAUCUUUGGUAUGGAGAUCCGAGAGUUCUACACACUUCCACUCUGGAAACGUAAUGACAUGAAGAAGAGUGCAAAUCUUUUCUGAUUGCUGCCUA